UCCCGUCGCAAUGGUAUUGCAAACUCUGUGCGCGUGUUACGACUCGGGCGGUACGUCGCUGGGAUGUCUUGGUCGACGAUACCUCCGCAUCUUCGUACUCGACUUAUUUCACAUGGACAAAAAGUUUGUGAGCUUUACAAAGCAGCGCUUUACGAUCUUAAGGCGAAAAAUCGUGACGUUUUGAAGUAUCGCUAUCAUGCUGUUUUAAUGCGAGCACGUUUUGAAGAAAACAGAAACAUUGAGGAUGCAGUUUUGGCCAGGAAAAUGCUGGAAGAUGGAUGGGCUGAACUAAAACAGAUUGAGGCUCCUUAUCCGUACAAAUAUCCUGAUGCACCAGGAGGUGCUGCUUACGGAAGGGAAACUGUUUUUAAUGACUUUAACUAUGACCUUUGGCAUCCAUUAGAAAAGAAGCAGUAUCCUGACUUCUUUGCAAGACGGGAAAAACGUAAAAAGGAAUUUAUCGAAGCCUGGGUCAAACGUUAUGGUCCUGAAAAUGAAAAAGUGUUUUAGUUGACUUUGUGAACAAGAAAUUCUCGUAGAUUUACUUUCAAGUGAUUAUAUCAAAUAAAUUUCUUGAAAUCC